AUGGCGGCCCCAGGAGGAAGUGAGGAGUCCAUAGAGUGGCUGCGACAACGAAUCUAUCAUGAUGAGCCUCUGACUUUGGCUGCAGUCUGGGGAAUUUGGAUGGCUAGGAAUAAAGUAGUGCACAAUCAACAUGUAAUGCAGGAGAGUGCAGCUUUUGAUUGGAUCUUGAGCCUGAAAGAGAUGUUCAAGCGCUGGUGGGGGACCAGGGAGCCACUGCGUCCGGUUCGCGAGGUGGCGUGGACGCUGCCGGGGGAAAACGAGGUGGCGGUUAACUGUGAUGGGACUAAGGGAGCUGAGCUUUAUAGUAGUGGGUUUGGAGGCUGCUUGAGAGGUAGGCAUGGGAAGUGGUUUGUGGGUUUUAUGGGGUUUGGACAUGAUGCUUCUGUCUUGACUAUGGAGCUGAUGGCGGUGUAUCGAGGGCUUCAGCUGGCUUGGGAUGAGGGGUACCAUCGAGUUGUUUGUUUCUCUGAUUCAUUGCUUCCGGUCUCUUUGAUCAGGAGCCCACAACCAACUUUCCAUGAGAAUGCAGUGGUGAUUGGAACCAUUUGUGAUCUCCUCAAGCGAAGGUGGGAGGUUUGGUUGUUGCAUACUCUUCAAGAGAGCAAUUCUUCUACUGAUUUUAUGGCUAAAACGGGUGCUAGGCAGCAACUCACGUUCCUUACUGUAAGAGCUCCCCCUGUGGAGCUUGAGCCAUUGCUUUUGGCGGAUGCGCUAGGGACUUCUUACAUUAGGACUGUUAGAAUAUGCUGCAAAUUUCUAGAAACUACUACACAAUACCAUUAUAUAUAG